AUGGCCAGCUGUCGCAAUGUCACCUUAACUUCAUGUAAUAUAAUUGACAAAAAUAGCCGCAUUGAUUUUAAAGUAAAGCCAGUAAUGUUCAAUGAUACAAGAGUUAAACUUCAAAUAUGGGAUACUGCUGGCCAGGAACGAUUCCAUACACUUAGUACUAGCUAUUUUCGUGGUGCACAAGGCUUUGUUCUUGUAUAUGACAUCACGAAUCUGGACAGUUUUCAAAGUAUAACAAGCUGGAUGAAAGACAUACAUGAGAAAGCAGGUGAUGAAGUGGACGUAAUACUGUUGGGCAACAAGUGUGAUAAGGAGUCAGAACGUGUAGUUCCAAAACAGAAAGGAGAAAAGCUUGCUUGGGAACAUGGAAUACCCUUUUUUGAAACCAGUGCUAAAGAUAAUGUGAACAUUGAGGAUGCAUUCUCAGUCUUGACUAAGGAAAUACUGGAAAAGAAAUCCUGUGUAUUAUAUGACUUUGAUGUUGUGGCUCUAAAUGAAAAACCUUCUGUUUCUCCUUACUCGGUGGCAUUUCAGUUUCUCCAGUCUGCCAGGAUCCUCCUGAGUCGUGAUGCUGUGCUCCAGCGUAGUUGGGAGCCUUUUCCUGUAGAUAUGGUCUCCAGACGUGAGCAAAGUUCCUACGCUAAAUUAAACAGUAUGAAGAGGCAGUGCAAGCCGCUGGCUCCCAAUUGCUCUGAUAAGCGAAGUGAGCCAUUUUACCUACCAAGGGCGAAG